AUGACAUAUGAGCAAGAAGAUCAGGAUUUUAUAGCGGAACUUCUCGGGCCAGGGGGCUUUUAUGGAUUGACAGACUUGGCUCAGUCGCACAUAGACUCGCAGGAUUCGGCGCCGCCACUCGAUGCCAUGUCUUACUCCAGAGCGAGGCCGCACGUGUAUGGACAUCUGCCAGACUCUACUAGGGAUUAUGAUGAAGAAACUAGUAAGAACCACAACGACUAUCGCAGCGCGAUGGCUAACGCCAGCGCGCACGAAAAUGCGACGUUGAUAGAUGAGUUUUUGGCUCCUAAUGCGACGGUUGGAGCUCAAUUAAACCGUGGUAGCAUCGCUGGUGUCGCACCCGGUGAGUUGUCGAACGAUGUUCAAGAAACUGGACUUUUUCAAGACGCAGGUAACGACGAGUUUGCCAAUUUGACGGACGAAUUUGCGUCGUCACUUGGCUCCAGUAUUUACCGAAAUGACCUAGCGUCCCCAUCGUCGUCAUUUGGGUACCAUCCGCAACAACUGGAGUCCCUAGACACUUCGCAUCUGCAGCAAUAUCUGUCUACGAGUCUGAGGUCUCCAUCCAACAGUUUCCGGUCCGGUAACUACCUUUCGAGCUCACUCCGCGGGCAAUUAAACCCACGACAAUCCUCUGUGAGCAGCGUUGGAGGGGGAACGCCGGUAGAUUCUGUCUUGGCUGGAAGUAAUGGUUUGACACAGGAAGAAAAGCUCAGGCGACGUCGCGAGUUUCAUAACGCAGUGGAAAGAAGGCGGCGUGAACUUAUCAAGCAGAAAAUCAAAGAGUUGGGCAAACUCAUACCUCCUAGCCUGUUGAAUUUUGAUGACCAAGGCCGUGAAGUCAAAGCCAACAAGGGUGUCAUUUUGACCCGCUCUUUGGACUAUUUGGACUAUUUAAUGCAAGUGCUAGAGGUACAGGACCGCAAGAAGAAACAAUUGCUGAAAAAGAUUCAGGAUUUGGAAGCGUUGAAGAAAUCCACAUCGGCUAAAAGAGUCGCUGCUGUUUCGGGUGCACGAAGCGACCCAAGAGUCAAAAUAGAAGCGAGUAAUUCACCGGAACAGAUUAUUGACACUCGGAUAAUUCCUUUUACCGGGGAAAGCUCAGCCACGCCUUCAACGGUGCACGAUGAUCUCCAACAAUUUCUCUCUGGUGAUCUCAUAGAAGCAGAGGAUAAUGCAAAAUUGAUGUUUGGCGAUACCAGUCGCACCGUGGGAACAGCUGCAGACUAUUUGCUAGACUUUGAAAGAUAG